AUGCAGAUAAACAUCGGCCGCUGCAAUUCAUCCUACCCUUUGAACUUCAGGGGUAUCUUGGAGAUUGAGUUGUCGCAUCUGCUACGGGAGACCACCGAGAAAACCGAAAAUGUCACUAUCAUCCUAGACUGCUGUCAUGCCGGGCGGAUGGCUCGUGAUCCCAGACAUGGCAGACGAGCAAAUCCCAAGAGGAUCGCCGACGUGCAGUAUCACGACCUCCGGCAACAUCGAACACAGCUCCGGCAGAGUGGCCACCUUGCACGCGAAUUGGAUCCCUUGGGGAACCCCAACGCUGUGCGUGUCAUGGCGGCGGCUGCCACCGAAACAGCCUGGGAGUGUGAAGGUCCCGAAGGCGAGUGGACCGGCGCGCUGACGGAUGCCUUAGCGUCUGCGAUCGACGAAGCCGGUCAACGGCAGGUAUCUUGGAGAUCGACCCUGUUACGUGUGAAUGAGCUCGUACAUGUCCAGUUCCCGCAGCAGCACCCCGUCGCCGAAGGACCGGACACCCGCCUCUUGUUCGCGACUCAGACGGUCGCGUCCAGCGCCGUGCUCUUGAAGAUGCAAGGCAAUGAUCCAGUGCUCCAGAGCGGUUACGUUUCAGGCGUUCGUAAAGGAGAUGUUUAUGUUCUCAUGCCCGCCGGCCACGAGGUUCCCGACGCUCGAUUCAGAAUCGGGGAAGCGACUGUCACUGCCGUGAAUGGUUUCAAAGCCAAGGUAACAGUGGAGCUUGAUUCCCCAGGCGAGGCGACGCAUGCGGGACCCUCACGAGUGACUGAAGUCGCCGCCUCCAGCAGCAACAGUAUUCCUGCGGGCGAAGUCACAUCUACGACCACUCCAACCAACCCCUGCACAGAAGAAGAUGUGACCAACAAGCCGAAUUCCUCCGAUUCUACAUAUCCUGAGUCCCCAGGAGCAAUACCUAGAUGGGUACUGAUGUGCUACCAGCAGCAUGGUGACAACGGACACAAAUAUGCACACGUGAGAGUCAGUAGGGGCGAUCGCGAUAGGCAAUUGUUUCAGAAGUUGAAGUCGGAAUACAGCAGCAGGCGUGACAUCCGUCGAUCCUUUCGACCCGUUGACCUUGUCCAUUUCACUCAGUUCAAGCCCGACUCAGGCGACUAUAUAGCGGCGAGGGAAGACAAUGUAUGGCCAGAGAACGGCAUUCCUGACUGGGAAAUUCCAGAUUCAGAAUCACCGGCUGCUGCCAGGCUCAGAAGGAUUGCCACAGAUAGCAAGUACCUUGCCCAUCGCUUCAAUCUUUCCCACGAAAAUGAGGGAUGCAUGAAAUGGAUAAAGCUCAAAUACGCGCUGAUCAAAGGCAUCGCAAGCGCCUUUCCGCGCGUACACGAUGCUGAAGCAGCAUCCACUCCCAUCGGCGAGAAGAGUGUGAUUGAGACCAUACCGAUGAGGUUGAGGAAGGAGAUUCAAUAUUCUCCGACAGGCAAUCCACCCAGCUGGGGGUUCAUUGUCGAGGAAGACGUCGACACAUCUGUCUGGAAGAGAGCUGUCAAGAAGAAUCUUAUUGUGGGCCUGUUUUCAUUUGUCGUGCUGAGAAGUGGGGUUUUGGUGCUGUGCGCUUCACCACCCGGCAUACCCCCCGUGGGGGCGACGGUGGCUCCGAAUACUACCCUGAACUGUGGUACCUGGUUUGUCUAUACGGCCAGAACGAACUACAAUUGUUCCACCAUUUGUCUGGAAAACCAUAUUGCCAUUCCCCCGUUCACGGAGGCCGACCCCUCGCUGAAUUACAGCAGCUAUAACUAUAGCAGCUCAACCGCUAUCAACAGCACUGCUGCCAACUCAUCCGUCAUCGCUGCCACCAGCCCCAGCUUCCCUACUCAGGCUGAUAUUCCCGCUAACUGCGACGCCUGGUAUGAAGCUCAAGCAGAUGACACCUGCGACACCAUUGCAGAAAGUUUUGGCAUCACGACCGCUGAGUUUCUGGCCUGGAAUCCGGCCCUUUACUCCGACUGCUCAUCUGGCAUCCGGCUCGAGGAGGACUACUGUAACAAAUCCACAUCAUCCUUAUCAACGCCAUCUACCACUACCUCGGCCGUCACAGUCCCUGCCCCGACACAAGCCGGUAUCCCAGCGAACUGCAAUGGAUAA